GCAUUUCUGAACCUUGUGAUGAGCUUGCAAAGAAAAACCCCGUGCAGGUCAAUGACAGAGUUCAGAAGCUGCUGGCCAUGGCGCUCUUGAAGAUCAUGGUCCCUCUCCUGAUCGGGCUGGGUGCUUACUAUUACUACCCACAGGAAACUUUCUCUGCAGAGAUGGUGCGAGGAAUGCGCGUGUUGGUGACGGGUUCAAGUUCGGGCAUCGGGGAGCAAAUGGCCUACGAGUUCGCACGGAUGGGAGCCCACCUGGUGCUGACUGCCAGGAGGGAGGAGCAACUGCGGAAGGUGGUGAAGAAGUGCCAGGACCUGGGCGCCAGUUCUGCCCACUAUGUGGUGGCGGAUAUGGGCAACCUGACCGAUGCCCAGAAGGUGGUGGAAGAAACUAAGGCCAAGUUGGGAGGUCUCGACCAGCUAGUUCUGAACCACGUGGGAGGAACCUCCUUCGGUCCAUUCAAGGGAACAAUUGAGCCCGUGAUCAAGUCGAUGACCGUGAACUUCUUCAGCUACGUCCAGUUGACCAUUUGUGCCAUGGACCUGCUGCUGGAAUCGAAGGGGAACAUCGUAGUCGUCUCCUCCAUGAGCGGACGUGUUCCGGGCCCCUUCAGCGUCUCCUACGCAGCAGCUAAGUUCGCCGUGGAAGGGUUCUUCACUUCGCUGCGCACCGAGUUGCGCCUGCGGAACAUGGACCUGCCCAUCACCGUGGCUGUGCUGGGCUACAUCGACACGGAAACGGCCGUGAAGUCCGUGGGAAACAAAAUCACGCAGAGGCCGAGCCCCAAGGAAGAGUGUGCCCAGCAGAUUGUGAGGGGCGGAGUGCUGCGUUACCGCGAGGUCUUUUAUCCUUACUGGGCCCUGAAGCCCACCCUGAUCUACCGAGAGCUGCUGCCAGACCUCAUGGACCAAGUCAUAGGCUACGGCUACAGACUGGAGAACAUCCUCUAAAGCUCAAAGGACCACCCAGCAUCGCCAUCCGUGUCUCCCAAAAGAUCGGGACUCCGCAGCGUUUGUGGCGAAUGCGAGAGGAAACCCAAGUCUCCUCUGCCCUAGGAGAGGAGAGCCAGGGACAAAAUGGCGCCAUUUCCGUCUCCUUCCCUCAGCUCAAUUUGUGCAGAACCCAGCAGUAAAUCAAACUCUUCUCAGGGUGCCCAAUUUUUCAAGACCCGUUGGGGAAUCUGGAACCAAAUACUUACUGAACCUACAGACUGUGAUCACGGCAGAGAUAAGAGCUGGGACCCAUAGUAC